CGCGAGCCUAGGCCUAGCAACAAACUCAAGGAAGGCACCAUAUUGGGUUGUACGAUUCGUCCUAACUCUUUAAUAGUAAUCCGUCUCCAUCGGGAAAGGGAAGGCAAUCAUGACUGAUUCCAAAUACUUUACAACAACCAAGAAAGGGGAGAUCUUUGAGCUCAAGGCAGAGCUGAACAGUGAUAAGAAAGAUCGAAAGAAAGAAGCAGUGAAAAAAGUUAUUGCUAGUAUGACUGUUGGAAAGGAUGUCAGCUCCUUGUUCCCCGAUGUGGUGAAUUGUAUGCAAACUGACAACUUAGAGUUAAAAAAGCUGGUGUACCUUUACCUGAUGAAUUAUGCCAAGUCUCAGCCUGACAUGGCAAUUAUGGCUGUUAAUACUUUUGUGAAGGACUGUGAAGACCCCAACCCACUAAUUCGUGCUUUAGCUGUUCGUACAAUGGGCUGUAUCCGUGUUGACAAGAUCACAGAGUACCUGUGUGAGCCCCUGCGCAAGUGCUUGAAGGAUGAAGAUCCUUAUGUGCGCAAGACUGCUGCAGUUUGUGUAGCAAAGCUCCAUGACAUUAACUCUCAACUGGUAGAGGAUCAAGGUUUUCUCGAUUCUUUGAAGGAUCUGUUGUCUGAUUCGAAUCCCAUGGUUGUGGCUAAUGCUGUGGCUGCCUUAUCUGAGAUUGGGGAUGUUUCACCAACUGCUGCUGCCAUGAUGGAAAUAAAUUCCCAAACCAUCAACAAACUGCUCACAGCACUAAAUGAAUGUACAGAGUGGGGACAGAUAUUUAUCCUUGACUCUUUGGCACAGUACACUCCAAAAGAUGAUAGAGAAGCUCAGAGCAUUUGUGAGCGAGUCACACCAAGGCUGUCUCAUGCCAAUGCUGCCGUGGUUCUGUCUGCUGUCAAGGUUCUUAUGAAAUACAUGGAAAUCAUGACUCCCUCAUCGUCAUACGUGCAGAAUCUUGUUAAAAAACUGUCACCUCCUCUGGUGACUUUGUUGUCCAGUGAACCUGAAGUCCAGUAUGUUGCUCUUAGGAAUAUCAAUUUGAUUGUACAAAAGAGAGCAGAUAUCCUGAAGAAUGAGAUGAAAGUGUUCUUUGUCAAGUACAAUGAUCCAAUUUAUGUGAAACUUGAAAAACUGGAUAUCAUGAUUCGGCUGUCAAAUCAACAGAACAUUGCCCAGGUCUUGGCAGAGUUGAAAGAGUAUGCUACAGAAGUUGAUGUUGAUUUUGUGAGGAAAUCAGUGCGUGCAAUUGGACGCUGUGCCAUCAAAGUUGAGCAAUCUGCAGAACGCUGUGUGAGCACUCUUCUGGACUUGAUUCAAACCAAGGUUAACUAUGUGGUACAAGAAGCUAUUGUGGUUAUUAAGGACAUAUUCAGGAGAUACCCAAAUAAGUAUGAAAGUAUAAUUUCCACCUUGUGUGAAAAUCUGGAUUCAUUAGAUGAGCCUGAGGCAAGGGCAUCAAUGAUUUGGAUCAUUGGAGAAUAUGCUGAGAGAAUUGACAAUGCUGCAGAAUUAUUGGAGUCGUUCCUGGAAGGCUUCCAAGAUGAAAAUUCUCAGGUUCAACUACAGCUACUGACAUCCAUUGUAAAGCUGUUCUUGAAACGUCCUACUGACACCCAGGAGCUAGUACAACAGGUCUUGAGUCUGGCAACCCAGGAUAGCGAUAACCCAGAUCUUAGGGACAGGGGCUACAUCUACUGGCGACUUCUUUCCACUGACCCUGUAGCAGCAAAGGAAGUUGUGCUGGCUGAGAAGCCUCUCAUAUCUGAAGAAACUGACCUUUUGGAACCUACUCUCCUUGACGAACUAAUCUGCAAUAUUUCCACCUUGGCAUCUGUGUAUCACAAGCCGCCCAGCUCAUUUGUUGAAGGACGCACUGCUGCAAGGAGAUUCACCCUACCCCCAAGAGCUGAGCCAUCUCCAGGGGCUGAGACUGAGGAAGCUGCCCCUGCCCCAUCUCAACCAGUUGCAGCUCCAAUUACUGCUCCAGUGGCAGCCCAUGCACCACCACCCCAGCCAGCAGCUGACUCCCUUCUUGGUGACCUGUUGAUGGACGUGGGACCCACUCAAUCUGCUCCUCCACCUGUGCAGCCAGCAGCAGCGGCAGGAGGAGGGGUGAUGGAUCUCCUGGGAGAAGACCUAAGUGGUUUACAGCUUGGUGGAGCACCAAGUCCUGCUCAGCCAAUGGGAGGGCCGAUGGGAGGCCUGGGCGACCUUUUCAGCCUGUCCGGGGGACCUGGUAUCCCAGGAGGAAUGUACUCUGCUCCUAAACAGGUGUGGCUCACUGCUGCCAAAGGAAAAGGCGUGGAAAUUUCAGGAACUUUUUCUCGACGUCAAGGACAGAUUUAUAUGGAUAUGACAAUCAACAACAAGGCCAUGCAAGCUAUGGCAGGCUUUGCAAUUCAGUUUAACAAGAACAGUUUUGGACUGACACCCAGUUGUCCGCUGAACAUUCCGUCACCGUUGCUCGCCAACACCUCUGCUGAAACUUCGCUUCCUGUCAACACAACUGGCGCUGUGCUGAGAAUGGACCCGCUCACAAACCUCCAGGUGGCCGUUAAAAAUAAUGUGGAUGUGUUCUACUUCAGUUGCAUGGUUCCAUACAACGUGCUGUUUACAGAAGAUGGCCAGAUGGAUCGCAAGGUGUUUUUAGCCACGUGGAAGGACAUUCCUGCUGGGAAUGAAGUUCAAAAUCAAAUCACCGACGUAAACUUUUCGUCAGAAGUUGCCCAACAGAAACUUUCUGCCAACAACAUAUUUACUAUUGCAAAACGAACAGUGGAAGGCCAGGACAUGCUUUACCAAUCACUGAAGUUCACCAAUCAUAUCUGGGUUUUGGCCGAGCUUAAGAUGCAGCCUGGUAACCCUGUGGUGCAGUUGUCCCUAAAGACGCGAGCCGUGGAUGUUGUUAUGGGCGUACAAGCCAUAUAUGAGACCAUCUUGCGCAACUAAGGGCCUCAAGCUGAUUUGCGUGCGAAGGACUCGCUAUUACGUCUCACACUGAAAAAGCAAAGUACUGAACUAAAUUUGUAGCGUAAAGUGUUUACUGAAAUAAAAGUUACUUGUCCUAACGA